AUGCCAUCAUUCAAAGAGCGUUUUCGUCCUUCACGAAAACUUAAAAAAAGUAAAGAAACCAGUGCAUCGAGUGUCGAUGAAUCUUCUUUGUCGACCAGUGGAAUACCAACAAAUACUAGUACUGUAUCGACAUCAGGAUUUACCCUUCAAUCAUCAUUAUCUUCGCCAACAACGACAGCAGCUGCAGCCAACGGUGCAACAAUCGACGAACAUACCGGCUCAGCAGCCUUGUCUACGUAUCACAGUAACUAUUCAAUUGAUCACCAAGCAAAACAAGCAACAGCGACAACAGUCUACCGCCGCGAUCAACACCACCGUUCUUCUGUUCUAGCCUGCGACACCGUUCUAAUAAACAGUUUUUUCUGUGUCUGCCAUUGCUGCAUACAGUCAGUCAUGCAGGCGCUUAAAGAACGUAUAUCAUCGAAGUUAAGUGAAAAGUCGAAAUCAAAAGACAAAGAAGGAACUUCAUCGCUCAAAAGUAGUCAUUCGAUUGAUGGUAAACAUUCGUCUCUACAUGAUUCACAUCACCACGCAGCAUCAGCGUCAUCGUCAGCAUCAGCAUCUUCUAGUAAUGCUUCUAUCAAUGUUCAAUCAGCUGAAAGAGGUAUGGCAUUUAUAUCUUGUUUCGCGUCAAAACAGCAAAAACAGUUCAAGCUAUUAAUCAGUAAGAUGAAAGCAUUUUUAGUUAAAGCUAAAGAUGAAUUUCAAUCCAAAUAUGAUAAACCAAGCCAGAAUACCGCCAAACCUGAAGAUUUUGAUCGUAUUCGAACUCUUGGAACCGGUUCCUUUGGACGUGUUAUGCUUGUUAAACAUCAAGCAAGCGGUAGUUUCUAUGCAAUGAAAAUUCUCGAUAAACAAAAAGUUGUUAAAUUAAAACAAAUCGAACAUACACUUAAUGAAAAACGAAUCCUGCAAGCUAUUUCAUUUCCUUUCCUUGUUAAUUUGGAAUAUCACUUCAAAGACAAUUCAUAUCUGUAUAUGGUCUUGGAAUUCGUACCCGGUGGUGAAAUGUUCAGUCAUUUACGUAAAGUUGGUCGAUUCAGUGAACAACAUGCUCGAUUCUAUGCGGCACAAAUUGUCUUGACGUUCGAAUAUCUUCAUUACUUAGAUAUUCUUUAUCGCGAUCUUAAACCGGAAAAUUUAUUGAUCGAUGCUGAAGGUUACUUGAAAGUAACAGAUUUUGGUUUCGCGAAAAAAAUCAAAGGUCGAACGUGGACAUUGUGCGGUACACCAGAAUAUCUGGCACCUGAAAUUAUCUUGUCGAAAGGAUAUAAUAAAGCCGUGGAUUGGUGGGCGUUAGGUGUGUUAGCGUACGAAAUGUCAGCUGGUUAUCCACCAUUCUUCGCUGAUCAACCAAUCCAAAUCUAUGAGAAAAUAGUCUCCGGAAAAGUUCGUUUUCCAUCCCAUUUCAGUAGUGAUUUAAAAGAUAUCCUUCGUAAUCUUCUCCAAGUCGAUUUAACGAAACGUUAUGGCAAUCUGAAGAAUGGCGUAGAUGAUAUCAAAACACAUAAAUGGUUCGCAUCUACGGACUGGAUUGCUAUCUAUCAACGAAAAGUCGAACCACCAUUUAUACCGAAGACAAAAGGGCCCGGUGAUGCAAGCAAUUUUGAUGAUUACGAAGAAGAACCUCUUCGUAUUGCAACGACGGAAAAAUUUGGAAAAGAAUUUGAAGAAUUCUAA